CUUUUCUUUUCUCCAGAGGAGCCAGGAAGAGAGCUGUGACCAGCAGCGUCCCUUAUUCCCUUGGCCUUGGUUCCUGUUUGCACUGGCUACAGCAGGGCACUGGCCCCUACUGUCACUGCCUCCUACACUAAGACCCUAUCUCUGAGCGCUGCAGCCUACUGUUCAGCCCCAGGUUUGAGGAUGGAUGCCCUGGACACUUCGAAGCUGCUGGAUGAGGAGCUGUAUUCAAGACAGCUGUAUGUGCUGGGCUCACCUGCCAUGCAGAGGAUUCAGGGAGCCAGGGUCUUGGUGUCAGGCCUGCAGGGCCUGGGGGCCGAGGUGGCCAAGAACUUGGUCCUGAUGGGUGUGGGCAGCCUCACUCUGCAUGAUCCCCACCCCACCUGCUGGUCCGACCUGGCUGCCCAGUUUCUCCUCUCAGAGCAGGACUUGGAAAGGAGCAGAGCCGAGGCCUCUCAAGAGCUCUUGGCUCAGCUCAACAGAGCUGUCCAGGUUGUCGUGCACACGGGUGACAUCACUGAGGACCUGCUGUUGGACUUCCAGGUGGUGGUGCUGACUGCUGCGAAGCUGGAGGAGCAGCUGAAGGUGGGUACCUUGUGCCAUAAGCAUGGAGUUUGCUUUCUGGCGGCUGACACCCGGGGCCUCGUGGGGCAGUUGUUCUGUGACUUUGGUGAGGACUUCACUGUGCAGGACCCCACAGAGGCAGGGUGCUGAGCUGUAGGCAUUCACCUGCUGACCAAGGAGAGGCUGCCAGGGCCUGUGGAAGGCAGGUCCAGGCACCCCUGAGCCAAGCCUCCUCCUACCCAGGGCUCCCCUGGCAUUCUCACUCUGAGGAAAGGGGCCAAUACCCACUACUUCCGUGAUGGAGACUUGGUGACUUUCUCGGGAAUUGAGGGAAUGGUUGAGCUCAACGACUGUGAUCCCCGGUCUAUCCACGUGCGGGAGGAUGGGUCCCUGGAGAUUGGAGACACAACAACUUUCUCUCAGUACUUGCGUGGUGGGGCUAUCACUGAAGUCAAGAGACCCAAGACUGUGAGACAUAAGUCCCUGGACACAGCCCUCCUCCAGCCCCAUGUGGUGGCCCAGAGCUCCCAGGAAGUUCACCGUGCCCAUUGCCUGCAUCAGGCCUUCUGUGCACUGCACGAGUUCCAGCACCUCCAUGGCCGGCCACCCCAGCCCUGGGAUCCUGUUGAUGCAGAGACUGUGGUGGGCCUGGCCCAGGACCUGGAACCACUGAAGUGGACAGAGGAAGAGCCACUGGAUGAAGCCCUAGUGCGGACAGUCGCCCUAAGCAGUGCAGGUGUCUUGAGCCCUAUGGUGGCCAUGCUUGGUGCAGUAGCUGCCCAGGAAGUGCUGAAGGCAAUCUCCAGGAAGUUCAUGCCUCUGGACCAGUGGCUUUACUUUGAUGCCCUCGAUUGUCUUCCGGAAGAUGGGGAGCUCCUUCCCAGUCCUGAGGACUGUGCCCCGAGAGGCAGCCGCUAUGAUGGGCAAAUUGCAGUGUUUGGGGCUGGUUUUCAGGAGAAACUGAGCCACCAGCACUACCUCCUGGUGGGCGCUGGUGCCAUUGGUUGUGAGCUGCUCAAAGUCUUUGCCCUAGUGGGACUAGGGGCCGGGAACAGUGGGGGCUUGACUGUUGUCGACAUGGACCACAUAGAGCGCUCCAAUCUCAGCCGUCAGUUCCUCUUCAGGUCCCAGGACGUUGGCAGACCCAAGGCAGAGGUGGCUGCAGCAGCUGCCCAGGGCCUGAACCCAGACUUACAGGUGAUCCCGCUUACCUACCCACUGGAUCCCACCACAGAGCACAUCUAUGGGGAUAACUUUUUCUCCCGUGUGGAUGGCGUGGCUGCCGCUCUGGACAGUUUCCAGGCCCGGCACUAUGUGGCUGCUCGUUGCACCCACUAUCUGAAGCCACUGCUGGAGGCAGGCACAUCGGGCACCUGGGGCAGUGCUACAGUAUUCAUGCCACAUGUGACUGAGGCCUACAGAGCCCCUGCCUCAGCUGCAGCUUCUGAGGAUGCCCCCUACCCUGUCUGUACUGUGCGGUACUUCCCUAGCACAGCUGAGCACACCCUGCAGUGGGCCCGGCAUGAGUUUGAGGGACUCUUCCGACUGUCUGCAGAGACCAUCAACCACCACCAACAGGCACACACUUCCCUGGCAGACAUGGAUGGGCCACAGACACUCACCUUACUGAAGCCAGUGCUUGGGGUCCUGAGAGUGCGUCCACAGAACUGGCAAGACUGUGUGGCGUGGGCUCUUGGCCACUGGAAACUCUGCUUCCAUUAUGGCAUCAAACAGCUGCUGAGGCACUUCCCACCUAAUAAAGUGCUUGAGGAUGGAACUCCCUUCUGGUCAGGUCCCAAACAGUGUCCCCAGCCCUUGGAGUUUGACACCAACCAAGACACACACCUCCUCUACGUACUGGCGGCUGCCAAUCUGUAUGCCCAGAUGCAUGGGCUGCCUGGCUCACAGGACUGGACUGCACUGAGGGAGCUGCUGAAGCUGCUGCCACAGCCUGACCCCCAACAGAUGGCCCCCAUCUUUGCUAGUAAUCUAGAGCUGGCUUCGGCUUCUGCUGAGUUUGGCCCUGAGCAGCAGAAGGAACUGAACAAAGCCCUGCAAGUCUGGAGUGUGGGUCCUCCCCUGAAGCCUCUGAUGUUUGAGAAGGAUGAUGACAGCAACUUCCAUGUGGACUUUGUGGCAGCAGCAGCUAGCCUGAGAUGUCAGAACUAUGGGAUUCCACCGGUCAACCGUGCCCAGAGCAAGCGAAUUGUGGGCCAGAUUAUCCCAGCCAUUGCCACCACUACAGCAGCUGUGGCAGGCCUGUUGGGCCUGGAGCUGUAUAAGGUGGUGGGUGGGCCACGGCCUCGUAGUGCCUUUCGCCACAGCUACCUACAUCUGGCUGAAAACUACUUCAUCCGCUAUAUGCCUUUUGCCCCAGCCAUCCAGACGUUCCAUCACCUGAAGUGGACCUGUUGGGACCGUCUGAAGGUACCAGCUGGGAAGCCUGAGGGGACCCUGGAGUCGCUGCUGGCUCAUCUUCAGGAGCAGCAUGGGUUGAGGGUGAGGAUGCUGCUGCACGGCCCUGCCCUGCUCUAUUCGGCCGGAUGGCCACCUGAAAAGCAAGCCCGGCGCCUGCCCCUCAGGGUGACAGAACUGGUUCAGCAGCUGACAGGCCAGGUACCUGCUCCUGGGCAGCGGGUGUUGGUGCUGGAGCUGAGCUGUGAGGGUGACAAGGAGGACACUGCCUUCCCACCUCUGCACUAUGAGCUGUGACAAGGCAGCCACCCUGUCACCUAGCUCAAUGGAGCCCUGGAUCCCAAGCCCUGCAUUGUAAGCCCACAGUAGGCACUCAAUAAAUGCUUGUUAAAGGAAGGCA